AUGUGCUUUUUGCCUUACCCGGUGCCCAAGCCUAGGAAUAAAGCAAAGAAACCAACGAUCGUGAAGAAGACCACAGGUGGCGGCACUUUUCAAGGAGGAUAUAAAACAGCGGACGAAGCGAUCAACCAAACACCGACAAUGUCCUACAACCCAAGAGCAACACCCCCCCCACAUUGGUAUUACACUCCGUAUAGCAUGGAGCAACGCCUCGAAAUGGAUGAACCCAAUUAUGUUACAAGAUCCCAGUGGGCUUCUCACUGCGAAGCACUAAAGGGGACUCACGAUAUAGCGAGAGAGAAUGGGAAUAGGAUGAACGAUAUGAAACUACUAGUUUCUGGUGGAAUUGCAGAAGCCCGAGAUGCAGUUAUUAGCACCCAAAACACUGUUAAAGGUGCCCACGAAAGUGUAAAGAAUACCCAUACGGCAGUUCAGGGCGUCCAGGAUACAUUGAAACAAGCUUGUGAUACGAUCAACAAGAACCAUGUCGAACAGAUUAGCAAACAAGAUAGCUGUACCGCCGAGAUUACUAAACUCCGGGCAUUGAUGGAAGAUGAUGCAAAAAGACGGGAUGAAGCACACCAGAGACAACAGGCAAGGCAGGAAGCGUAUAACCAUGCUUAUAAUUACUUCCAGCAUAUCAAUCGAGAUGCAGAAUUAAGGUCACCAGGAGUGGAUGCCCGGACCCAGCCAAGCACUACAGAAAGUGGUAGAACCAACGCGUCACAGCGAGCUCGGGGAUACCGCCGGGUUCCGGAUGAGACUGAAAGGCGACAGCAUCGAGACGAUGAUGACGACGACAAUAUCAAGCGAGUUGUUGAAGGGUUGUUCGGCGAAGGAUACCAGGAAGAUACUUAUCCGCAUCACGGGAACCAUUUCCAUUUUCACGGUUGUCUCCCGCUUCACAUCGAUGACUACACCGGUUGGCCUACUUGGACAGGAGGUCCCCCAGGUUGGGACUACUAUGGCGAGACUGAUGGGUUUAGAGGACGCGUCCUUCCGAGAACCCCGCCCCGACCGGUUAGACGAGGACGAGGGUGGCCGCGGCCUUAG